AUGACUACGCCAUGGUGGAAAGAGUGGAGUCCCAACGACGUAACCAUUGGAGACGAAACAGUGCCGGAUAGCUGGAAGACUUGUGUUCUCUCAGGUGUAUUUUAUGGCGGUAACAACUACAACGGACAAUUUGGAUCACGUUUGUCAUCUGUUUUCGUGAUUUUGUUCGUUUCGACCAUAUUCACACUGUUCCCGGUAGUGGCCGCCCAGGUGAAAUGGCUCAGAAUCCCACGUCACGUUUACUAUUUUGCGCGCUACUUCGGUACAGGAGUCAUCAUAGCCACUGCGUUCAUUCACUUGCUGGACCCCGCGUACGACGAGAUUGGCGGAAGCAGUUGCGUGGGUGGGACUGGUAAUUGGGCCAUCUACUCAUGGUGUCCGGCAUUUGUACUGGCCACCGUGAUGAUGACCUUCAUUGUUGACCUUUUCAGCGGUAUUUACGUGCAAAAGAAGUUCGGAGACCGUUGGGGAUCGUGCUGUGACAAUGAAUGUAUUGAAAAUGCCGUUGUGCUUCCGAGAUCCAUGAGAGUUCGCAAUGAGGGCUCCACCAAUGACCUCGAACAAAUCAGUGCGGACAACGCAUCGAACAAAAGCUACUUUGACGAAACCGUUUCUGAAACCGAAACCGAGAUCAACCAACAACCUUUUGAGAGCCAGAUCAGUGCCUUUCUGAUUUUGGAGUUUGGUAUCAUUUUCCAUUCCGUCAUGAUUGGUCUGAACCUCGGGACCACCGGUGACAAUUUCCCAACUCUAUACGCUGUUUUGGUUUUCCAUCAGUCUUUCGAAGGUUUGGGAAUUGGUGCCAGACUUUCUGCAAUUCAGUUUCCCCUAGAAAAGAGGUGGUGGCCUUAUGCACUAUGUGUGGCGUACGGUAUCACGACCCCCAUAAGCAUUGCCAUUGGACUGGGAGUGAGAACCACAUACGACGGGAAUUCUUAUACUGUCAACGUCGUCUCAGGAGUUCUGGAUGCCAUCUCCGCAGGCAUUCUCAUCUACACGGGAUUGGUCGAGCUGCUAGCUCGUGAUUUCUUAUUUUACCAAAAACCAGAUAGAGACGUGAAAAAAGUGUGCUUCAGCCUAGCGUGUGUACUUUUCGGUGCUGGAAUCAUGUCCUUGCUGGGCAAAUGGGCAUGA